AUGAUGAUGAUGAUGGAGAUGAUGAUGCCGUGUCUCUGUAAUGGCAGUCGUACUGACGUGGUGACGGUGACGCCGUGGUUGGCUCCGGUGGUCUGGGAGGGAACCUUCAACCCGUUUCUCUUGGACAGCAUCUACAAAAGGAAGAACAUCACCAUUGCUGCCACAGUCUUCGCUGUCGGAAAGUACAUCAUGUUCCUGAAGGACUUUCUGCAGACGUCUGAGGAGCACUUCUUCGUUGGCUUCAGGGUGGACUUUUACGUGUUCACUGAUCGCCCUAACGAGGUGCCCAAAGUGAACAUGGCGGCCGGCAGAAUGCUGACGGUGCGCUCGGUGCCCAGCUCAAACCGCUGGCAGGAGAUCUCAGCUCGCAGGAUGGAGAUCAUCCAGAACCUGAUCGAGAAGAAGCUUCAGAACCGCGCCGACUACAUCUUCUGUCUGGACGUCGACUCAAAGUUCCACGGUCGCUGGGGGGCCGAGUCGCUGGGAGGACUUGUGGCCGUGAUCCAUCCAGGUUACUACAGAGAUGACCGCAGCAGGUUCCCCUACGAGCGGAGUCCUGCGUCCAACGCCUACGUGGCUCCCGGGGAGGGGGACUUCUACUACUGUGGAGGGGCGUUCGGGGGGUUGGUGGAAGAAGUUCACCUGCUCGCCAAAACCUGCCGCAAGAACUUUGAGGACGACGCCAAGAGGGGCAUCGAGGCAGCUUGGCAGGAGGAGAGUCACCUGAACAGGUAUAUGUGGAUCAACAAACCCAGCAAGGUGCUGUCACCUGAGUACCUAUGGCAGGACUUCAAACCCAAAAACCCAGAGGUCCAAAUCAUCAGGUUCUCCGGCGUCAUCAAGAACUACGCCAACAUCCGACCCAACUGA